AUGGCUUCUUUUGAUUCAUGGAGGUUCAAGUUCAUUUCAAUGGCACUUAUAAUGAUCAUCAGCGAAUUUUCUGUUGCUGAUCCAUUACCAGUCGUGUUCCAUCCAAGCCCUUGGUCCCUUGCCCAUGCCACCUUUUACGGGGACAAAACCGCCUCCGAGACCAUGGGAGGAGCUUGUGGUUAUAGGGAUUUGGUUAGCAAUGGUUACGGUACCGACACGGCUGCUCUGAGUAACACAUUGUUCAACGAUGGCUUUGCUUGCGGAACAUGUUACCAGAUAAAGUGUGUUCAGUCACCUUGGUGCUACCCUGGUGUUUCAUAUACCACAGUGACUGCUACCAACCUUUGCCCUCCAAAUUGGGGCGAAGACUCCAACAAUGGUGGCUGGUGCAACCCUCCUAGAGCCCACUUCGACAUGUCCAAGCCCGCUUUCAUGAAAAUCGCUCAAUGGAAAGCCGGCAUUGUCCCCGUCAUGUACAGAAGGGUUCCAUGUGAAACACGAGGGGGGAUUCGAUUUUAUUUCCAAGGAAAUGGGUACUGGCUGUUGGUGUACGUGAUGAACGUGGGAGGCGGCGGUGACAUUGCCCAAAUGUGGGUUAAAGGAAGCAAAACAGGGUGGAUUACAAUGAGCCAUAACUGGGGAGCAACAUACCAGGCAUUUACAGCUCUUGGAGGACAAUCACUUUCCUUUAAGCUCACUUCAUACACUUCCAAGGAGACUAUCAUUGCCUGGAAUGUCGCACCUCAAAAUUGGAAUGUAGGAUCGACGUACACAACUGAUGUCAAUUUCCAUUAA